CGGGAGCCGCCGCGAGGACCGAUGGAGUCGCUGGCCGAGCGCGUGCGGAGCAACGGGCGCAUCGCCGCGGGACUCCUGCUCAACCUGCUGGUGUCCAUCUGCAUCGUGUUCCUCAACAAAUGGAUCUACGUGCACCACGGCUUCCCCAACAUGAGCCUGACCCUGGUGCACUUCGUGGUCACCUGGCUGGGCUUGUACGUCUGCCAGAAGCUGGACAUCUUCGCCCCCAAGAGCCUGCCCCCUUCCAGGCUGCUGCUGCUGGCGCUCAGCUUCUGCGGCUUCGUGGUUUUCACCAACCUCUCUCUGCAGAACAACACCAUCGGCACCUACCAGCUGGCCAAGGCCAUGACCACGCCGGUCAUCAUCGGCAUCCAGACCCUCUUCUACAAGAAGACCUUCUCCACGAAGAUACAGCUCACGCUGAUUCCUAUAACCUUAGGUGUAAUCCUAAAUUCUUAUUACGAUGUGAAGUUUAAUUUCCUUGGAAUGGUGUUUGCUGCUCUUGGUGUUUUAGUUACAUCUCUUUAUCAAGUGUGGGUCGGAGCGAAGCAGCAUGAAUUGCAAGUGAACUCCAUGCAGCUGCUGUACUACCAGGCUCCGAUGUCUUCUGCCAUGUUGCUGGUCGCUGUGCCCUUUUUUGAGCCGGUCUUUGGAGAAGGAGGACUCUUUGGUCCCUGGUCAGUGUCUGCUCUGCUUAUGGUGCUGCUCUCUGGAGUAAUAGCUUUCAUGGUGAACUUAUCGAUUUAUUGGAUCAUUGGGAACACUUCACCAGUCACCUAUAACAUGUUUGGACACUUCAAGUUCUGCAUUACUUUAUUUGGAGGAUAUGUUUUAUUUAAGGAUCCACUGUCAAUUAACCAGGGUCUUGGCAUGCUAUGUACAUUAUUUGGCAUUCUUGCCUAUACCCAUUUUAAACUCAGCGAACAGGAUGGAACUAAGAGUAAGUUGGUACAGCGUCCUUAAUUGUGUUUUUGUGGGGAAAAAGACUGUUGCCCCAAGAAGAUUAUUUUUAAGAA